AACCCUUAGCAAAACUGUCUCUGGUCUCGCCAAAGCAAGAGCCACCAUGCUCCCGCAUCUGCUGGGUUGUUAACCGUAUCAAAAACGGAAACGCGUGUAGGGCAGCCUGGGCCUCACCCUUCCUGCUGGCCCACAGCCCUCCCCAGCGCUUCCUUCUUUCUCCUCAGGGCCUCCUCCAUUCCCAAGUCUCCAAGUACAGGGAGGGAAUCCAGUGUGCUGGUCUCAGGGCCAGGGCACCUGCCCCUUCCCAGCUGGGUUACCUUGGGCUGUGUCAGCUCCCCUGUGAAUUCAGGGUGUUGGACUGCAUGGGCCCUGAGGCCCCUUCCGGUUCAGCACCCACAGUCCCCAGCAGCCCCAACCCACCAGCAGCAGCAGCAGUUGUAUCACUGGCCCUUGUGCCCGGGGCAGGGCUGGAGCUGGGCAGAUACAGACCAAGUGAACUAAGCUGGGGCUGCACCCUAGGGAAGCUGGAGACAGGAUGCAGAAGGGGAAACAGCCUCUGCCAGCCACCGCUGCUGCUGCUGCUGCUGCUGCUGCCACUGCUGCUGCCACUGCUGCUGCUCCCAGGCAGCCUCCCAGGCAGCUCUAUCCUUGCAGGAAGUCCGUCCGCCCUGGCUAUGGCCAAGGUUGGGGUUCGCACGGCCUGCGUCAUACUGCUAGCCUUGGCAAUCCUGGUAGCCAUCAUUGUCCUUGCCAGCACUCUGGCCCUGCGCAGCACGUGCCCAGAGAGAAGCUACCCCACCGCGGCUGUAGCAGCAGACAGCAAGCGCUGCUCGGACAUCGGCAGGGAUAUACUGAAGCAAGCUGGCUCCCCAGUGGAUGCGGCCAUCGCUGCCCUGGUCUGCACCUCGGUCAUCCAUCCUCAGAGCAUGGGCCUGGGAGGUGGGGUCAUCUUCACCAUCUAUAAUGCCAGCACAGGAGAGGUAGAAGUGAUCAACGCUCGGGAAACCGUGCCCAAGACCAUCCCCCUGACUCUGCAGGAGUUCUGUAAGACAGAUAAGCUGCCGGGGAAAGGGGCCUAUUGGAUUGGAGUCCCAGGAGAGCUCCGAGGUUACCAGCUAGCACACCAGCGCCAUGGUCGCUUGCCAUGGGCCCAGCUGUUCAAGCCCACCAUCCGCCUCCUCCAGGAAGGCCUCCGAGUCUCCAAGGUCCUGAACUUGUUCCUCAACAGCUCUCUUUCCUAUGCCAUAUAUAGCUCCUCUCUUCGCCAGCUCUUCUUCAAUGGGGAGAAGCCCUUGGCAGAAGGCGAGACUCUGCUAUGGCCCGAGCUGGUACACACCCUGGGCAGUGUGGCCGAGAAGGGCGCUGAUGAGUUCUACAAGGGCUCUCUAGCUGAGGAUCUUCUGGCUGACCUCGCCAAGGAAGGAAGCGUACUGACCAAGGAGGAUCUGGCCAGCUUCCAGGCCGAGUUGGUCAAGCCUCUGACCCUGAGCCUGGGGGACUACACUCUGUACUCGCCCCCACCCCCCGCUGGAGGAGCCAUUCUCGGCUUUGUCCUCAAUGUGCUCAAAGGCUUCCACUUCCCCCAGGACUCCCUGGCCCAGCUCCAGGGGAAGGUCAGCACUUACCACCGGGUGGUGGAGACCCUGAAGUUUGCCAAUGGGCUGAAGUGGAAGCUGAGGGAUCCUCGGAGCUGCCCAGGGUGCCCGGACGUGUACCUAGACCUGCUAACUGAGGAGUUGGCCCAGAAGGUCCGUGACUUGAUCAGCCCCCAGGGCAACCACACCCCCAGCUACUACAACAUCAGCUUUCCUAGCAUGGCGGGGCAGGACACUGGUACCUCCCAUGUAGCCAUCCUAGGCCCGGAUGGCAGUGCUGUGUCUGCCACCAGCACCAUCAACACCCCUGACUCAGGACAGAGUUCCCGUCUCAAGGACCUUCCAUUGUCCAGGUUCGGUUCCAUGGUGUAUUCCCCAAAGACUGGCCUCAUUCUCAACAACCAGCUACUAGACCUGUGCUGGAGGACAGCUCCAGGCUCCAGCCCGCUGCUGGGUCCAGUUCCAGGGGAAAGGCCCCCCUCUUCCAUGGUGCCAUCCAUCUUGAUCUCCAAAGAUCAGAAGUCCAAGCUGGUGAUUGGGGGCUCUGGAGGGCAAUUAAUCCUUCCAGCCACAGCCUUGGCCAUCAUGAACAAUCUGUGGUUUGGUCUGGACCUUCAUGAAGCCAUCAAGGCCAAAAUUCUCCACGUGAGUCCCACAACCAAGGUUCAGUUUGAGCAAGGCUUCGACAAGGAGGUCCAGAAUGAGCUCAUUAACUGUGGACAUGAAUAUAAAAAAAAACACUUCUGGCUGAACGUGGUCCAAGCUGUGGCCAGAGACAAGCUGGGCUGCAUCUACGCCGAAUCAGAUGACAGGAAGCAAGGGGAGGCAGCUGGCUACUGAGCCCGGGCUAGACCCUAGCCAUGCCCAGCUGGCCAGUUCAUCCACAUCAGAGUCGCCCGGCCCACUGGGCAGCGAGAAGCCAGCAGUGGCCACCAGAGGUCACGGAGCUUCCCUGCGGCUGCCUGUCCCCCCAGCUCAGGAGCCACGGGACCAUUGCCCGCGCUGGAUUUUUAGAGAAGGAUAAGAAAGGAGGGUGAUGAUGACCCAUCCCUGCGUGUCCUCGGGACCUUGGGCUAUCAGAAAUGGGCCAAUGAAGUCCAAGCUUCCAGAAUGACUUGGUGAAGACCAGCCUGGGCUAAAUCUGGGAGGCUUCCCCUCAGGGGGCUGCCACUCUCAGAGAUCAGGGACAGUGAUCUGGGUCAAAGCAGGCAGGCCAUGCCUGGGAGGCUGCAGAUUUGUCAUAUAUAUACAAGCCCAUACCCCAACCUGGGGGAGGAGACUUUCCGUCUAUCUACUCAGCCAUCAACAUUGAUUAAAUACCACUCUUUGUUGUUAAGUCA